AUGCCUUUCGGCAUCCUAGAUGACGACACUCUGGAGCACAUUCCCGGUACCGCUCCACUAAACAGUCUCGCGAACACACACACAUAUUCUGGGAUAGACCCGGAUCUUCUCAAACAUGACCCUACUGGCCAGAUUGUGCUUGUCCCACAACCAUCCGACUCCGUCAAUGACCCUCUCAACUGGUCGCGCAGUAAGAAGGAGCUCUUCACUGUCGCAUACGGCUGGGGUUGCGGCUGUGUAGGAGCCGUCGGUCCCCUUCUUGGCGGGGCAUUCGUCCCUCUCGCCGCAGAAUUCGGCGUCUCCUUAUCGACAUUCAUCUCAGCCGUACAGGGCGGCACAAUCGCCGCUAUUGCUGUUGGAAGUCUGCUUUUCAACUCUUUGGCAGUGAAGUAUGGAAAGCGUCCUGUUUACCUCGGCACGACUCUGGGCUUGAUGGUGUCUUGCUUCUGGGCCGCAGGAGCUAAGAGCUUUGAGUCAUUUGUUGCUGCACGUGUGUUCUGUGGUCUGUGUAUGGCGCCAAUGGAAGCUUUAGUUCCUGCUUCAAUCUCGGAUAUUUGGUUCGCGCACGAGCGUGGGUAUCGGACUGCAAUCUUCAACCUCGGUGUUUUGGGUGGAAUCAAUCUUGCGGUCCCGAUCGCUGCUUCGAUCAUUGAAUACGGAUCAUACCGGAUUGCUUUAUACGCUAUGGGUGGUGCUUUUGCUCUGGCCUUGAUCCUUGUUUUUUUCUGGAUGCCGGAAUCCGCUUAUGCUCGUGAGGCUCUCAACAUCGAUACAGCUGAUAGAACUGUCAUGCUCAGAGGGAAGAGAAGCCUGGAACAAGUUGAACACGCAUCCGAUGCCGAUUCUCCGUCUACUGAGCGAUCAAACCCAUGGAUCAAACAGCUCAUGCCAUACAGUGGCUAUGUUAAUCAUACUUCAUUCUGGAAUACGCUCAUCCGACCAUUCUAUUUGUUGGCUUCGCCGGCCGUGCUAUGGGCGGUCCUCCUCUUCACCACUUGUAUCUCCUGGCUCGUCGGCAUUUCCCUUACACUCUCGCAGAUCUUCUCCGCUCCACCAUAUAACUUCUCUGUUGUUGGUGUCGGAGCGACGAAUCUUUCGUCAUUCGUUGCAUCUGUUCUUGGUACUCUCACUGCAGGACCUCUGAUUGACGGUUUGAUCACCCGAUUGUCGAAGAAGAAUGGUGAGCCAGAAUUCCGUCUUCCGAUCAUGGUCACCUACCUUUUGUUCACCUCAACGGGCUUCUUUGCAUGGGGCCAAUCCUCGUAUGCCCAGGACCCAUGGCCGGUGCCCGUCAUCGUAUGUCUUGGCCUCAUCAACUUCGGAGUUCAGCUUGGAACCACUGGCGUCGUCACUUAUGUCGUCGAUUGCCAUCGUGAAAAGGCUGGCGAGGCCUUUGCGACCAUGAACUUUGUCAAAAAUAUGUUCGCGUUUGGGUUAUCGUUCUACAUCAAUGGUUGGAUUGACAGCCAAGGUGUUCGCAACUGCUUCUUUACUAUCGGCGGUAUCACCAUGGGCGUGACGCUACUGACGAUUCCGAUGUGA